GCCACGGCCGGGCCAUGGAGGCCGUGCUGGGCCAGGUGGAGCAGCUGCCCGCGCUCCUGGCCGUGUCCCGCUCCGCGCUGGUGCGGGACUGGGACUCCCUCACCCUGGACAGGGCUCUGGAGUGGGCCCGCUAUUUCCAGCACCUCCAUGAGCGGUUCCRUGCCCGUCCCCAGCUCCGUGAGGCGCUGGAGCGGCGGCUGCGCCGGGCUCAGCCGUACCCUCCUCUCGGCUUCCCCGCGCUGGGCCGCUGCCCGCAGCUCUUGGGGCUGGCGCUGCUGGAGAACCGCGCUCUGCCGCCCGCCGCCUGCCACCGCCUGCUCCGCGGCUUUCUGCAGCCUCCUGGCUCUGGGGCCGGCUCCGAGCCCCUCAGCCUGGCGCUGCUGGCCCGCCGUAAAGCCGCCGCCCGCCUGCUAGCGCUGCCCCGCCGCUCCCCCGGGCCGGAGCCGGAGCCUGAGGYGGAGGUGGAGGCGCAGCUGCUGCUGGCUCGGCUGCGGGAGGAGCGGCGGCCGCUUUGGCUGUGCGGGGCUCUGGAGCAGCUCCCGCAGCCCCGCUCCUUGCAGGUGGUGGCGGCGGCGCUGGCGCUCAGCCCUCACGGGGAUGGCGGUGGGAGCAGCCCUCACGGGGAUGGCGGUGGGAGCAGCCCUCACGGGUGCCAGGCGAGUGCUUCAAGAGACAGAUCUACCGCCCAGCUCCUGCUUUCCUGGCUGUUGGGCAACCAGGAGCGAUUUUCCGCCUUCUGCCUUUGCCUCCCGGGUUCCCUUCUUGCCUUCCUAGCUGGUCGCUAUUCCCAGUUAAGCAGAGUUUAUUUGGACCUCUUAACCGGUUGGGGAAGCCGCUUGCUCUAUGAUCCCCUGCAGGGGCGGUGGAUUAAAAGUUGUCAUGACAAAGCUGAAUUGUCCUGGGAGGAGUUAAGAGAGCGCUUCAAGUGCCUCUGCCAGGGAUCCACAGUGCUUAAAGAACAGACCCAAGCUGCUCUGAAACUCCUGAAGACACRGGAUGGAGACUUUGAAGUCCGUGGCCUAAGUGUGUGGACAGACUUACUGCUGGAAGUAGAGGAAAAGAGUGCUAAUGUGCAAACACAAAAGCAACGUGAACAGUUACAAAAGCGAGCAAAUGUGGUUAACUUUAUUUGAUGUGAAAGGCAUGACAACUACACUGACUUUGUUGAAAACCAAGCAUUAUUGUGACUGCUGAUCACAAUGGUUCUGRCUUCAUCUGGUUCUGACAUCUUUCAGUGGGGCCCAGUAGUUUCUUGUUAUUGUGCAGUCAUUUCUGGUUACCACAGAAAAUACAUUCCUUUUCAGUACUCUUUUAUUUAUCUAAUAAAAUAAAAUUCUGUUUAAAGUACAGAGUGGUUUUUCAGUUCAAAAAACAUCGCAGUUCAGAUAUGGUCAUGGUAGUCAUUUCUCUGAGUGUUGGAGGCUGACCAAAGGCUCAAAAGGAGGGUGGAGUUUCAAAUGUGAAACCCCCCAGAUUCAGGUUUUUUUUAGUAGUGGUUGUCUUCAUUGGGCUUUCUGUUCUGGUGGCCACUUCAAUGCUUCUCUACCUCUUACACAUGACAGCCCCAGGGUCAGUGAUGAAAGUGWGAGGAAGCCAACUGGAAAGCUGCUUGAAAAGUUCUAACAUUAAAGUCUAUUAGUUGCUAUGUUAUUUGAUAAUAUGCAAGUAUUUUGUAAGAAUAUAUCAGUAAAACAUAGGAUGUUCUGUAUGGUUUUCUUUCCGUUUCCAUAG